AUGACUAAGAACACAGCUCAAAGGAAUUCGUGUCUUUUCCGCGCACCAUUGGGGGCCGCACCGGUCGCGUCCCGCGCGAAGCCCUGGCGUGAGUUUGGGGGCGCAGCGGGGCCCGGCGGGGGCGGCGAGCGCGCGUUCCCCCGCCCGCUCGGGCGGCGUCGAGGCGCGAGCAGCUCAGCCAGCCUUGCAGAGGGAGCUCUCGGCAGCUCAGGGGUCCCCUCUGCUCGCAGCCGCCACAGCAGCGCCGCCUGCGACACUCGGCAGCGACGGAGACCGGCAGCGGGGACGCUCGGACUAGCAGAGACGAGAGAGCGCCCCAGCUGCCGGAGAAGCAACGCAGGGCGAUCGGGUAGGUUCCGGGACUCGCUGGACUUGAAGAUGGGGAGCCCGAGGCGCGUCGCUCGGGACCCGACACCCACACGGUUCCGGGACCUGGCUAAACGGCCGGCCGAGGGUUCAGAACCCCCCUCGGCGAAGCAAGCGGCGGCAACCGAGUCUCAGAGGGUCCAGCCUCGCUUUGAAUUCAUGAGAAAGAAGAGUGUGAAACAAGAAGAAAAGAUAAGGUUGGAAGAGGGCAAGAGAAAGGAGGGGAUGGAGGGAACCUACAGCCACUAAUAAAAUAAACACAAUAAACUGUCCUGACCACCUCA